UGAUUAUAUACAAUAUAGAGAAAAGAGACAAAGAAAAUCAUUUUGUUAUUUUUUAUUCUAUAUUCCUUAUCUUAUUAGGUAACACAGGUUUGUGCAAUUUUCAACACUGAGUAAAUAUAAUGAAGCAAGCUGAAGCUGAAGAUAGCUGUAGAUUGUACAAGUAUUAAUGGCUACUGGCAGUAGUCCAGAAACAGAUGCUGGCUUCAGCUCAUCUCCUACCGAUGUAUAAUGAUACUGUGCUGAUAUCACUAACUGACCACAUCAGAUAUUGUUCCAUCACAAGAUAGCCAGGGCUGAGUCAAACGAGUACAACCAACAGAGCCACAGUAUUUCAACAGAACAUCGACUCAGUGACCAGAAAAAACUUGUUGUUCAUGGGCAGUACUAUACCAUCAACUUAUAUAAUGGAAAAAAUCGGUCUGAAACGUUACAAGUGUCAAUUGUACAUUGUUUUUACAUUACUACUUUUAAUCAUCUCCUUAUAUUUUGUCCUCUUUCAAAAAGCAAACAUGAAGCCAAACCUUGAGCCUUCGGGUUCAGGUCUUAAAUUAAUUUUGUUCUGGAAUACGUUUUAUGGCAAUGAGGAAUACUAUUGGGGUUUAGGCCAUGAAGCUUUCAAAAAGAACUGCCCAACAGGUCUAGCACAGAACUGUGAAACAAGCAGCGAUAAAAAAUUACUCAAAAAAGCAGAUGCCAUUGUCAUGUUCACGAGACAAUUUAGCAAACCUCAUGUAAAGUAUCAAAACCAACAAUGGGUGUUCUUUAAUGUUGAACCUCCACCACAUAGUUUUGAUUCAUCUGACAACAUGCCAAAUGUACCCCAAAGGCUCUCUGAAUUGAAGAAUGUUUUUGACCUUACAAUGACAUACAGACUGGAUUCAGAUGCAAUUCGCACCUAUGGUCAGAUGGUACCAUUUAAUUCUUCAGCACCACACAAUUUUCAUAACUAUGCUGAAGGGAAGGAAAAGCUCAUUGCGUGGUUUGUCAGUCACUGUGAUACGUCUAGUAAUCGUAUGGCAUAUGUGGACGACCUUAAGCAACACGUUGAUGUAGACAUCUAUGGCGACUGUGGAGAUCUAAAGUGCCCCAGGUUCAGUGACGAAUGCAACGACAUGGUUAACAAGAAAUACAAGUUUGUUCUUGCUCUAGAAAAUGCGAUAUGUCGUGAUUAUAUAAGCGAGAAAGUGUUCAACUCGCUGAAAUUGGAUGCUGUGCCAAUUGUAAUGGGAGGAGGAAACUACAGCAAUGUUGUGCCUACACACUCUGUUAUCAACAUCGCUGAUUACUUGUCACCGAAGGCACUGGCCGAUUAUCUCAAGAUACUUGAUAAGAAUGACACACUGUACAACGGCUACUUCACGUGGAAGGGAAAGUUUGAAUUCCGGGAUCGACCAGGCUUUUGCGACCUCUGCAUGAAACUCAAUCAUCUAUCACAAAGCAAGACACCUUACAAGAACAUGUACAACUGGUAUGUACGCGAUGCCAAGUGCCGAAGAUGGAACAGUCAAGCACAGGAGUGGAGUAUUGACGAAGGUUUGACUUAGGAUGAUAUUAGUAUUCUCAUGUACAUACCGCAAGCGUAUGGGCGUGUAAGGCAUUUCGAAUGUUUAAUAUGCAUGUUUCCCUGUGUGUCAUGGUUUAACAUCACAUCAGAUAAAAUAUCUGUUGUACGUACCUGACUUGUGUAUGAAGUGCCGUCAGUGGAAAAUGUCCUGCGAAUGUUAAAAUAUUAAAGAGAAUGUGCAACCUAAUGUUGCUAACCUAAACCUUCUUUUGGGCAACACUCACAUAAAGUAGGUAACUUAGCAACAUGGUUAGGUAUAUUAUGUCCCAGGUGUUUUUUGUAAUUGUGUGAUUAAUUGUAAAAGUGCAACAGGUGUUCCAGCAACAAAAUGCAGAGCGAUGCUCUUCCACUGAUCGGUUGCUGGUUAAAAUGAUAAUUUUUCCAUCUUAGGAUUGAUACAGCAAGUCUGCAUCCGUGAUAAGUUUUCACUUUAGUCUAACAACAAGCAUAGCUAACACAGAUAGUAGAUCUAAGAUGUAUAAGUUCUAACUGCAGGUAUCCUCUAGUGUGUAUACCUAGAUGCCUUUUAAGUCGCACUGACCGUAUCUGUCUUUAUGUGUCGUUCUAACGUAGUUAGGUUGUAACGUUGUAACGUGGGUCAUUGUCCAGCACUUCCACUUCCACGUGGUCAAAUACAGUAGUGCUCGCUUUAUCAGGACAGGUCGGGAAUCAUGAGAUGUCCCGAUUAAGCAGAAGUUAGGGUUAUAACGUUUAUUUGAAAUGAACGAAUUUUGUUCUGCAGAAAGUAUCCUGAAGUCCUGUCCCAUUUAUCUGAUGCAUAAGGAUUGUUUUUCAAGGACAUAUGCAAAUGACAAUAGGCGCAUUCACACUGGCACGAAUAAGCGGGAUGCAAAUCUCGGUUUUUGCAUCGCGAUCGAAAUACCGAGAUUUUUACAAGU